AUUCCAGUUUGCUUCGUGCAUCGGGAGUUCUCCUAUCCUGCUAGUUGCUCGACAUGGGCACGGGAGGUGCAGCACUGGUCGCCGCCGCCCUCGCCGUGGUGGUGGUCACCAGGCUGUGGACGGUGCUGCUCCACAAGGUGUGGCGCCCCUACGCCGUGGCGAGGGCGUUCGCGCGGCAGGGCGUCCGCGGGCCGCCGUACCGUGUCUUCGUGGGCAACAGCAAGCAGAUUCAGGCGAUGCGGGCGGCGACGAGCGGCGACACUCUGGACCUCACCUCCCACGACUACAUCCCGCGCGUGAUGCCGCAGUACAGCGCGUGGAUGCCACUCUACGGCAAGGUGUUCCUGACGUGGUUCAGCUCGACUCCGGCGCUGUUCGUGGGAAACUACGACAUGGUGAGGCGGGUCCUCUUCGACAAGACAGGGCUGUACGCCAAGCAGGACCCGGACCCCACCAUACUAUCCAUGGUGGGGAUGGGCCUCGCCUUCACCGACGGCGAGGACUGGUCGCGCCACCGCCGCGUCGUGCACCCGGCGUUCGCCAUGGACAAGCUCAAGGCGAUGACGGGGGCGAUGGCGGCGUGCGCGGCGGAGGUGAUCCGGACGUGGGAGGCGCGCGCUGCCGCGAGCAGGGAGAAGGCGGUGACGGUGGAGGUAGGACAGCAGUUCAUGGAGCUCACCGCCGACGUGAUCUCGCACACGGCGUUCGGCAGCAGCUACCGGCAGGGGAAGGAGGUGUUCCUGGCGCAGCGGGAGCUCCAGUUCAUCGCCUUCGCCUCCGUCUACACCGUGCGCGUGCCGGGCAUGCAGUACGUGCCCACCAAGGCCAACGUGCGCCGGUGGCAGCUCGAGCGCACGGUGCGGGGCACGCUCAUGGCCAUCAUCCGCGAGCGCCUCUCCGCCGCUGCAAAGGAGACUAGGGAUUACGGCAGCGACCUGCUCGGCCUCAUGUUGGAGGCUAAUAACGCCGGCGAUGACAGCAAGAUCAGGCAGCAGGCGAUGAGCAUGGACGAGAUCAUCGACGAGUGCAAGACGUUCUUCUUCGCCGGCCACGACACGACCGCGCACCUCCUCACCUGGGCCAUGUUCCUCCUCGGCACGCACCCCGGGUGGCAGCAGCGGCUUAGGGAGGAGGUGAUCCGGGAAUGCGGCGGCGCCGAGGUGCCCCUCCGCGGCGACGCCCUCAACAAGCUCAAGCUGGUGACCAUGGUGUUGUACGAGACGCUCCGGCUAUAUGGCGCGGUGCCGAUGAUCGCGAGACAGGCGACGGCGGACGUGGACCUCUGCGGCGUGAAGGUGCCCAAGGGCACCCAGCUGCUGAUCCCGGUCGCGAUGCUUCACCGCGACGAGGAGGUGUGGGGCGCGGACGCCGGCGCGUUCAACCCGCUCCGGUUCCGGGACGGCGUGGGCAGGGCGGCGGCGCACCCGAACGCGCUGCUGUCCUUCUCCUUGGGCCAGCGGUCGUGCAUCGGGAAGGACUUCGCGAUGCUGGAGGCCAAGGCGACGCUGGCGCUCAUCCUGCGGCGGUUCGCGUUCGAGGUGGCGCCGGAGUACGUGCACGCGCCGGUCGACCUCCUGACGCUGCAACCGUCGAAAGGGCUCCCGAUCGUGCUCAAGCUUUUGGAUCUGUAGUAUAGAGAAGGCAUCCUUAUCACUUCUGUCGUCGUUAUCAGUUUCGUUAUCAUACUCUUUCCGCCCCAAAGUAAUUGUAGUUUUGCAUUUUCGUGUCGAAAGUUUAACUGGAUUUAUAUAAAUUACGUGCAACAUUUAU